AUGAAUACAUCAUGCAAUGCAAACGCUGAUUCGACUGUAAUUUUAUCAUUCUUUAUUAUUGGUUGUAUAUUAACAAUCAUUGGUACUGUACUUAAUCUUUGUUCAUGUUUACUUUUUUGUCGUUCAAAAUCUCUUGUUAAUAUGCCCUAUUCUGUAUUUAUUAUUGCUUUAUCAAUAGCUGAUAUUGUUAAAUUAACAGCAGAAUAUUCUGUACAUAUAUUAUUUUUUUAUAUUCAACAUCCAUAUUUUGUUUGUUCAAUAUCAUGGUUUUUAACAAUGACCAGUGAAAAUACAUCUUAUGCUUUUCUUUGUGCUUUAGGCAUCGAACGUAAUUUGAAAGUAUGGUCAACAGAUCGUCGAUCAUUAAUUACAAAACGAGACGCAACUAUUAUAACUAUCUUUAUUAUUAUAUUCACAAUAUUAUUUUCAUGUGAUAAUGCAUAUUAUAAUGCAUAUGGUUAUACAUUUUCAUUAACAAAUUUAUUAUUUAUUGAAAAUAUUGGUUUAAAUAAUUUAAUUUUACCAUUAAUUAUUAUAUCAACAAAUAUAAUAUUAAUAUUCGGUUUACAACGUCGUUCACAACAACGUCGACAUCGUUUAGGUACAUAUAAAAAUGAUGAUUGGAAAGAACGAAGUGUUAUACUUUAUAUGUUACUUUCAAGUAUAGCAUUUAUUUUACUAACAUCACCUAUUGGUAUAUUAGGUGCUUGGUCUGCUAUACAUUCACAAAGAAUUCCAACAAAUAAUUUAGCAUUAAUAUUAGAUUUGUUAGAAAUUAUUCAUCAUUGUUCACAUUUUCCUAUUCUAUUAAUGACAAGUUCAGUAAUUCGUAAAAAAACAUUUGAAAUUAUAUUUCAUCCUCGUACAAAACGACAAAAUUCUAUUCUUUCAAGAAAUUCUAUAAGACAACGUAUUGCAUCACAAUCAUCAUCUACACGAGGAAGUAAUCGCCCACAAUUUCGUUCACCAUUAAAAAGCAUUUCUUCAAAUUCUUAA